AUGGUUGUGCACGCAUUCCGAAGUUUCGGGAGUGAACCUAGAUGCCUACGAGAGACACGGUUAUUUGGUUCUAGGAACCGCCUUAAGGGAGCUCGACGAACCCAUAGGAACCGACCCAAGAAAACAACACCGGCCAAAAUAUACCCUUCUCCAACACUCUAUUAUGGAAAUAUUCAAGAUUACUAUGGCGCUCCACGUGAAUACUAUGCGAUUCCUUGCGCUGACACCCUAGAGGUCAUGAGGAGCGAUACUAUGCUCCGGAUGAUACAUAUGUUGAAGAGUGGCAUUACUGCAGACGAACUCAUUCACGAAUAUGAGGUCGAUCCAACUUUUCGUUCCAGUCUAGAGGGAGUAUUGCAGCGACUGCGCAAUAUAGCAACAGGGCAAGGUUGUGACGUUACCCGUGAUCUGGUUAUUUUCUUCGAGCGUGUAAUAGAGCGACCUCGUGAAAAUCCACACUUUGUAGACCGCGCAUAUACAUUAAAACGCUUACAGGAGUUUUGGAAACGUAGGGAGUUUGUACGUUAUCGAGGUCUAUUCAAGCGUGUAUUCUGGCGAAUGCGAGAAGUAGCCGCUAAAAUGGAAUAUGCCGGUGUGACACUGGACGACUUCCGUAACCCGGCACUGUGGUGGCGUUACGGCGUAUUCAAAGGUCUACCACGUUCAUCCAUGGUGGACAAUUAUCGCAUAAAACACAAAAUAGCUCUAGAGUCUGACAUACGUGACUUCUAUUUCAUAGAUGCGGACACUCAAGAAGUGCGCUGUAUACUUGAUCCGGGAGCCGAUGGUUGUAAGAGGAUCCGGAUAGAAUCAUUGGAUAACCGUGUCAUCGACAGGAUGGCUAAUGAUUUGAGAAACCUCGGGGUAUUCCCCACCGGUGAAUGGCAUACAAUGAACAUGUCACGUGUGGACGAAUUGCAGAGGGAAUGUUCCUCUGACGACUCCCAACGCGCUUACGCUAUUAGGGACUUUUACCUCACCCACAAGUACCCCGGAUACCAGGUUGUUGAUGACCCGUAUUACCUGGAGUCAUUGGUCAACCACAAAUAUCGCACAAAGACACUAGAACGGGAUCUUGCAGUGAAGUACGACAAUUGGAUUCGCAGUGGAGCCAGGAGACCAACGCCAAGACCUGUGGGAACCAAGUACCAGCAGAUCGCAAUAUGGAAGAGGCUAUCUCGCAACCAGCGGCGACGUCUUGUGCAGGAGUUCCUUUACCCCCGGCGCACAGCACCCACAACAAAAUAA